CGCUGCGCUCGUUGAAACGACCGGUCGGGAUCAUGCUCGGCGAAAAAGAUGGUGGAACGGCGUGAACAGGUGUGAACUACUCUGUGCCCAGGGAUUACUCCUCGUCGCGUAGGAUUCGCAGUGGAACGACGAGCAUCGAUCGAUGCACAUAGCAGAAUUAUGAAACCGUGUGGACGUUUGUUCGUCACUGUCGAAGUGGCAGCGAAGUAUCGUUAACAGGUCGUCCCUCAAAGUCGCUGGAAACGGUCGAGAACCAUUGAUAAGCGGUCGCCGGUGGAUCCUCCGGUGUCGAGAAUCGCGGUGAUAUUUCAAUCGCGUUGAUCAAUAUAAUUCAUGACGCGCUGCGGGACCCUUCGUGCAGCUCUCGGCGAGUGAGGUCGUGUUCUCGCGUAUCGAGCGAUCCCGGUGCACGCGGAACACGCAUCGGCUGAUCUGUGGCUGCUGCGAUCUCCGCGAUCAACCGCGACCGGUGCCACCGGCGAUCCGAAUCGGUGUCAAGAAGACGGCGGGACAAUGUCGUUCGAUAAAACCGAAACGUCGGGACAGUUCGUCAAAGUGCCGACGGAGAGCACGGGAUACAAGCCGUCCGAGAGAUGGAGGAUCACGAAAAACGUUCUCGUGAUCGGCGUCGCGUUCAUGGUGAAUUUCACGGCGUUCAUGGGCGCCACCAAUCUUCAGAGCUCCAUCAACGCCGACCAGUCGCUUGGCACGUUCACCCUCGCCUCGAUCUAUGGCAGUCUGAUUUUUAGCAAUAUAUUCUUCCCGACGCUGAUUAUCAGCUGGCUGGGUUGUAAAUGGACGAUAUCCUUGUCCAUCCUGACUUACGUGCCUUUUAUGGCCGCUCAGUUUUACCCAAAAUUCUACACUAUGAUACCGGCUGGCUUGCUGGUCGGCAUUGGCGCAGGACCACUUUGGUGCGCGAAGUGCACUUACUUGAUGGUCGCAGCCGAGGCUUACGCAACCUUGUCCGACGUGGCCGCGGACGUACUCGUCACGAGGUUCUUCGGGGUGUUCUUCAUGUUUUACCAGAUGGCUCAGGUCUGGGGCAACCUUAUAUCAUCGGCAGUACUUUCAUACGGGAUCGACACAGUGCCAACAAACAUUACGCUGAACAGCACAGUGGUAGCGGAAGCAUGCGGCGCCAACUUCUGCGGGGCUACUUCCGGCGAUGCUGAAAGUCCGAAACUGGAACGGCCACCCGAAGAAAGGAUCCACCUGAUUUCCGGCAUUUAUUUGUGCUGCAUGAUAGUCGCCUCCUUAAUUGUCGCGUUCGGCGUCGAUACUCUCUCCAGGUACAAUAGAGGUAGAUCUGGUUCAGCGACAGGAUUGUCGGGCAUUAAACUGCUGGCCGUGACGUUGAAACUGUUGAAGGAAAAGAGCCAGCUCUUGAUACUGCCAAUUAUUAUAUUCAUCGGAGCUGAACAGGCGUUUCUGUUCGCCGAUUACAAUGCUUCAUUUGUGUCCUGUGCCUGGGGAAUUAGCAACAUUGGCUACGUGAUGAUCUGCUUCGGUGUGACGAACGCUGUGGCUGCACUUGGGGCAGGUUCCAUAAUGAAGUUAACAGGGAGGAAGGCCUUAAUGGUGUUUGCCUUCUGCCUUCACAUGGGAAUUCUCGUGUUCCUGCUUCGCUGGAAACCGACGCCUGAUCAAAGCUCAAUGUUCUUCCUCAUGUCUGGAUUAUGGGGUCUAUGCGACGCUAUGUGGCUCGUUCAAGUAAAUGCAUUAUCAGGCAUCCUGUUCCCCGGAAAAGAGGAAGCAGCAUUCUCGAACUUCCGGCUAUGGGAAUCCACAGGGUCUGUGGUCACGUACGCCUACAGUCCUUAUCUCUGCACCCAAACGAAGUUGUACGUACUGAUGGGAGUCCUCUGCCUCGGGAUGGUCGGCUAUGGUCUCAUCGAAUGGUCCGGGAAGGCCGAUCGAAGAAUUCCGGAACCAAAAUCUGAUUUCGAGUUGGUAGCAAACGGAGACGCGAACGAUACAACGAAACUAUGAAUGAACAUUCCACGAAAAUUCUCCGACGAAAGUACUCGCGUAAACGUUAGUUGAAACUUGUAGCAGAAAGCGCAGAGUGUCCAUAAAACUGUUCAUCCUCGCGGAGCGGACUCAGGGCCCGAUCGGACCCACAUAAUAAACAUACUUUACGAGUUCGCCAGGCGAAGGCUGGGCAUAAGUUUCGUGUUUCCAAUUGACGGUGAAAUCGAUAGAGAAGAUAAAUGAUUUCGUAGACACUCUGGCUGCGAAAAGAUUGUCGAAAAAUAGGGAGCGAAAUAAACAGUUGCCUUUUGUUUUAUACAAAUUUCUGUUGUUGACAUUGUUUUGGAACCUCCAAUAGAAAAUGUCCUCGUCAAAGCGAUGUGUUCAAUGCUCCAUGGACACGAUUUAUUUUCGAAUAUUUAUUGACAGAAACAGAAACAAGUUCGUCACUGUGAAUUAUAAAUAUAUAUAUAGCCCAAAUAAGUAACAUAUUCAGAAUAUCAAUUUAUUAUAAUCGUAAUAAUUAUAUUCAAUAUUGUUGCAGCAGUACUAUUCGUGGAAUAGUCUUCAAUAUCUGUUACAAUGAUUGAAAACCCUUCUGAAUCACGUGGAACAAAAUCACUGUCCCUGUUACAGAAAAAUUCUCGCUUCUAUAUAUUAUAUCGUAAGUCUUAUCGAAAUGAAACAAGUGGAAUACGUGUCCGAAGAAAGUCGUCCCACCGCGUUUGAAACGGAACCUAAUGAGAAUGCUUUUAUCGAAAUUCAUACGAUCCCGUCGGUGUAAUUAGUUUCACUGGAGAAAAUUCCGCUAGAUUGUACGAAUCGAAAACGAACAACGCAGUGGAAACGUUCUCGUAAUACGAUCGUGUAAAUAAUGUAUAAUUCCGCUAUACAUAAGAAUCAUACAUAGAAAUGAUACAUAAUAAAGAGUGUCGGGCGCGAGUAAAUUUACGUUUUCUGUACAAGUAUAGCGCGCGUGUUCAAGUCAGGACCUGAAGGUAUGAUCUUUGUGUGAUUUGUACCACAAUAUAUGUUUUUAUUUUAUUCUUGUGGACACCUACUAGAUUUUACACAGGUAUUUUCGCUUAAACGCUAAAGAUGUCAUCCCUCCGUUCUCGCUUUAAAUAUGUUAGUUUAAUGUUACAUCGUGUGUAUCUAGGUGCUAACAUUCAAGCUAAAGCUACGGCUGCUUAAGUUAAAUUGUAUACUUAAUGUGCUUAAUUGCCACUUCGACUGGUACCGGUGUCAUUGUGUGAUGCGAUUCGACGCGACGCGGUCCGCGUUCGCGAUCAUAGGGUGUGUGUUUUUUUUGGACGCGUGUGCGUGGUAGUUCGCGUCCGUCUCAAUCGCUCCCCGUAUAUUAUAUCUGUGUGUGAUACCGAUUCUAUAGUGUCUCUGUGUGUGAGAGUAUGUUCUUUUCGCGGGUGUCGUAUGCCGAUCGUUUUCAUUUAUCUUUUUUUCCGCAUUUUAUUGUGCCGUCACGAUCAAUUGUCUCCCGUCUUGAGGAUCGAAGGCGAUGGCUCUGUUCACGAAUCUGACGGCGCUCCUCCUGUCACUUCCGGCGUUUCCCCGACGACGAGGCUUCCUCCCGCCGGACGAACGAAUCGCGACGUGGAAUCAAUUGACCCUGCAUACCUUCGUGCUAACUCACCGUUUCGGUUCGCUUUCAUUAUUUUUUUCUUUAAAUUUUUCCCUCGCCUGAUUGUGGAUCGUGUGCUAGCUUAACCCUCGUUAUGUACAAUUCAAGUUUUGCAGUUCAGUUUAUAUACUUUAUAAAACGUAGUAGGAACUUUGGUUUCGCUGGGCAAUGUUUCAGGAGCAGUUUCCUCUUGUUUCUCUGGCUCGUUUUCUUUUUUCUUCUGCUUUUAAUCGUAUAAUCGUAUCGUUUCGCUUCGUUUCAUUUCGUUCGUACAUCGUUUACUCUGCUUUUCGUUAUGCUUCGUUUUUUAUGUUUUUGUUUUCUUUUUCUUUUGUUACUCAUUGAAAUCACUUUCUACUAUUUCAGAAUGAUUGCGGUCAGGAGUGCACGUUCUCUAUUUGAUUUGAUUUGAUCUCGGUUUUUGGUUCGCUGCGACUUUUGGUGUCCUGGACAAACGAUUCUACCGGAAACUGCUAUAAAACAUUCGCCCGUGGAUCUAUCUUCCUUAGAAAUAUGACACUCACGAAUACAAUUCACGAUUUUUUUUGCUUUUAAUACUCAUGUUUAUAUUUCCGUAAUGACCUAUUUGAAUAUCAAUUUCACGAAGAAAAUACACAUGAUUUGUAAACUCUCUCGCAAUCUUUCUCUCUCGCUCUCUCGCUUUUUUGUUUUUUUUUGUUUUGUAAUUCAGUGCUUCGCUUUCUCUCUCGCUCACUCCCUCUCUUGCUCACGUUUAAUUUUGUUUCGCCCGUCACGCGCGCGCGCGCGCCAUGCUCCCCCGCACUCCACAUUUUUUUUCUCGUAUAACAAAAUUUAAUAACCGGAAUAUCUCUGUACAAACGUGUUUCAUUCUUUCUUUCCUCGUUCUCUCUAUCAAAAAUGACAACAUACACAUCUAUCUCCCGUCUCCCCCCUCCCCCCAAACGCUCCGUCGGCCCCCCGCCCCAUCAAAAAAGCCGUAUACCGUCCCGCCAUUCUCGCUCGUGUAUAAUACAAACAACGUCUCUCGAUUCUCCUUAUUUGUCUCACCCAGUCGUCGCCGCCUCUUUUUGUUUUCUCACGUUAAUAAUUCUCUCUUUGUGUGUAUCGUUAGGAACAGAUCACUUUUGCUCGUGUCGUAAAACCGUAACCUUAAGAGUAAACUAUAUACCUUAAAGUACGCAGCGGUGUACCCCUUAAAAAUUUAUCUUCUGUUUAACCAUGUAAAUUUUCUCUUCAUGAAUCGUCAUCAAGCUAUUUCAUAGCUAUUACGAUAUUAAAAGUAUUAGUAGCUUU